CUACAAAUUGUGUUUUGCAGCGACUAUCUUUUCAAGCUGUUGCUUAUUGGUGAUUCUGGCGUUGGCAAAUCAUGCCUUCUAUUGAGAUUUGCGGAUGAUUCGUAUUUGGAGAGUUACAUCAGUACCAUUGGUGUUGAUUUUAAAAUCCGCACAGUAGAGCAGGACGAGAAGACAAUUAAACUUCAAAUUUGGGAUACUGCUGGACAAGAGCGUUUCCGGACAAUUACAAGUAGUUAUUACCGUGGUGCACAUGGCAUUAUCAUUGUUUAUGAUGUUACGGACCAAGAAAGCUUCAAUAAUGUCAAGCAGUGGUUGAAUGAGAUUGACCGAUAUGCAAGUGAAAAUGUGAACAAGCUUUUGGUUGGAAACAAGUGUGAUUUGACUGCUAACAAAGUGGUAUCUACUGAAACUGCGAAGGCAUUCGCAGAUGAGAUCGGGAUCCCGUUCUUGGAAACAAGUGCAAAGGAUGCAACAAAUGUAGAGCAGGCUUUCAUGACCAUGGCCGCCGACAUAAAAAAUCGGAUGGCAAGUCAGCCAGCGAUGAAUACCAACAGGCCAGCAACUGUGCACAUGCGUGGUCAGCCAGUUGCUCAAAAGACCUCAUGUUGCUCUUCUUAAUUAGCUCCUUGUCAUCUAAAAGCAGACCUGAUGAUUUGCUUUUGAUGGGGGAGAUGUUUGGAGCCACAAGCCUGCAAGUAUCAUAUAGGGUUUACUACACUUGUACUUUACCCCAUUCAUUGUUUAAACCACACCUAUCAUCAUGUAUAUAGAAGAAAGGUGAGAGACACCGCCAAUGAUACUUUGUGUUGGUCACUGACACAACUGUUCUUCAUUGUUAAUGUCCAGAUUCAAAAUGUCUGAAAUUCGUGUGCAGAACUGAAAAUGAAUGUGAUUUGUUUCCCUAUUA